AUGGGUUGUGACCAAAUCUCUUGGAUCUGUGACAUGAGACUUAGGCCAAAGGUCACAAAUUCAAGAAAUUUGAUCACAGAAACUCUAUCUACUGAGAAUGCAAAAUCUCCCACAGCUGAAACUCGAUCAAUUAGCCAUACCACCAUCAUUACUUUAAUCUCGACAACCCUUCCUACUGUUGAAACUCGAAUGGCUGAGGACCCUACCACCAACAGAAUCUCCACAACUCUACCUACUGUUGAAACUCAAGCAGAUGGGCAGGCAACUAGAUCUACCACCAAUACCAUUCCCACAAUUUCGCCUACUGUAGAAACUCAAACAGUUGGCCAGCUAAACACAAACACAACCCCUGCUGUCAUAGUUCCACCACAUCCUCGAGAGAUCGUAGCGCCCUCCGUGCCUUGGCCAGACUCGUGGACUUUAUUUCUUAGACGUACUUCCAUGGCCCCCCUCUUCCCGGUCAAGAUAGAUGGGAAGGAGCCCUAUCAA